ACUAAAUACUACCUGGAAUUUAAAUUAGUUAAUCAAUUAAUUAUAUCAUCAAUUAAUAAAUAUCCUAUAUAUUAUAUCUAGUUUAACAUUACCGAAGGGAGUGAUAAAUACGCUAUCGCUAUAUAUAUAGAGAGAGUGAUCAUAGAAGGCGUAACAUGACUAAGUAGUGAAUUUGUUAAAUAAAUAGAUCGAUGCCUAUAAUUUUGGGUGAAUAGCUCUCUCCCAUCAAAAUCAGAUAUAUAUGGCUUCAUUAAUGAAAAACUACUUACCAUACUUAGUCCCUCCAAUUUUUGUCAUACUCUUCUUUUUCAUCUCAUUCUCCUCUCCAUUAAACAAAUAUCACACAUUACUAAGCCCUUCUCAUCAUCAUCUUAAACCACCUGCUUCUCCAUCAAUUAACAAUUUUAGUAACCCUAAUUUCACAUCACAUCAUGAUCAGCAGUACUCUUCUUCGAACUUUUCUACUCUUGCUAGCAGCAACCACGUCAAAAAUAAGAGCAGUGUGCAGAGACUUGAAGAUGGGUUGGCAAGAGCCAGAGCAGCUAUACGGAAAGCCAUUCUUACUAAGAAUUACACUUCUGAUAGAGAAGAGAUUUACACUCCUAGAGGACCUGUUUACAGAAAUCCUUAUGCUUUUCAUCAGAGUCAUAUAGAGAUGGUAAAGAGAAUGAAGAUAUGGAGUUACAGAGAAGGAGAAAUGCCAAUGGUCCACAAUGGGCCAACAACAUACAUAUACUCAAUAGAAGGACAGUUCAUUUUCGAGUUGGAAAGUGAAUUAUCAAAUCAUUCAUUCAUGGCAAAGCAUCCUGAUGAAGCACAUGCCUUCUUCCUACCCAUGAGUAUAUCAAAACUCACAGACUCACUCUACCCAACCUAUAGUAAAGGUGGACGCUUCUCUGAAACUCUCUCUCGUGUUUUCACUGACUACGUUUAUGUUCUCUCUCGCAAAUAUCCUUAUUGGAAUCGAACUAAUGGAGCUGACCACUUUUUUGUCUCUUGCCAUGACUGGGCACCACUAAUUUCACGUAUAGAUCAUCACAUAUAUGACAACUUCAUGAAAGUAUUAUGCAAUGCCAACACAUCCGAAGGCUUCAAACCAUCAAGAGACGUAUCCAUACCCGAAUACAACCUAAAGAAAUUCGAACUAGGACCGCCGCGAUUGGGCCAACCGCCCAAUCAGCGGCCGGUGCUAGCUUUCUUUGCCGGUGCAGCUCACGGCGACAUAAGAGCAAAAUUAUUCAAGCAUUGGAAGGAAAAAGACAACGAAGUACUCGUCUUUGAACAACUUCCAAAAAACUACAGCUACCAUAAAAUCAUGGGAGAGACCAAGUUUUGCUUGUGCCCUAGUGGUUCGGAAGUGGCGAGUCCUCGAGUUGUUGAGGCAAUGCGACAAGGCUGUGUCCCAGUUCUCAUAUCUGAUUACUACUCCAUACCCUUUGAGGAUGUUCUUGAUUGGACCAAAUUCUCUGUACAAAUCCCACCUAGCAAAAUACCUGAAAUCAAGAACAUUUUGAAAGCUAUUCCUUACUCGAAAUACUUGACAUUACAGAAGAGGGUGAUGAAAGUGAGUAGACACUUUGAGUUGAAUCGACCAGCUAAGCCCUUUGAUGUGUUUCAUAUGGUGCUUCACUCAGUUUGGCUUAGAAGGCUUAAUUUUAGGUUGCCAUUUUAAAUAAUUAGUUAAAUUAAAUUAUAUAAUCUUUUUAUAUAGUAAUAGCUAACCAUAAAUUUGUUAGGAAAAAUUUAUAGUUUGAUGUUUGUGUUCCAUAUAUUUUAUAUCAUUAUUUUUUCUUAAUUAUAAAAUUAGAGCAUUGUUAUUAGGUAUACCAGUUGUACAGGUUAGGCUUUGAAUAUAGGCGGAUUAAGCUUGUGUCUAGGGCCCAUCUAGCUCAGGGUUCAAAAAAAAAUCUUUUAAAAAUACAUAUUUUCUUACUAAUUUUGAAAAAUAGCACAAUUUUUUCUAAAUAAGGGUCCAAAAAUAUUGUUUUCCUAUGGCUCGCUAAUUUUAAAAGGUCAGUCUUGCAGUGACGCCUAGCACCACUUAAAAGUGGCGCCUUGUGAUUGAUAAUACUCAAUAGAAGUUAUUAUAUUAAAAUACAUGUCAUUCGACAUUUAAUUGUACCAAUAAUAAUAUUACACCUUAACAAGGUGCUAGACAUUACUGGUGUCUUUAAGCGUUUCUCAUAAAUUAUUAUUAUUGUAAGAACAUGCAUAAAAGAGA